AUGCCUGGAGAUCAACAAACUGAACCUGCUACAAAUCCAAAUUCAGCCUAUUACUUGAGCAACAAUGAUUUGAAUGCUCCCAAAUUGGUUAAUAUAGUGUUUGAAGGUAAAUGUUUCAAUGAUUGGAAACGUUCGAUGAUAAUAGCUUUAUCAGCAAGAAACAAGCUGUGUUUUGUUGAUGGUAGCUUAAAUCAGCCAGCUGCAAACUCUCCUAAUUUCAGAAUAUGGAAUAGAUGCAAUGAUUUGGUCAUUUCCUGGAUUUUAGCUUCUUUAGAACCUUCAAUUGGCAGAAGUGUUUUGUAUCUCAGAACUGCAAGGGAGAUAUGGCUUGAUCUGGAAGAAAUAUUCUGUCAAUCUUCUGGUCCACAGUUAUAUACCAUACAACAGCAAUUGAAUGAUCUUAAUCAGGAAGAAAAUGAGGAGAUCUCAAGUUUUUUCACUAAAAUUAAGCUAUUAUGGGAUCAGCUUGAUGGAUUAGAUCCUAUACCAGCCUGUGUAUGCACUGGAUGUAGUUGCACACUCACCUUGAAAUUGCUGAAAAUACAGCAGAACUAG